UUCAGUCAAAGAACGGCUGCAUUGUAGGAGAGCCACACCACAUUCAAUGUUGGAUCAUGUAGCUACAGUAGCGUGUCCUCAGCAAAAAACUAGUGACCUAGAUUUCCCUCUAGAGUUGUGGUUAGGUGCUACCGAGCGGCUGUGUAGAAAUCUCCCCAUUCUCGAUGUCCAAAAUAGUCAACAAGUCCUGGAGCUAACUCGCGGAUUACGGGGGCGUUCAGCCUACAGCAAAACUUCUGCAAGUACUUUGUGCAGAGUUUAAAUUCACGCUAAAACUACCAAAAUGGAGAUUCGCGAAGGGGCAGCAGCAGCAGCAGCAGCAGCAGUAGGCGACAACGUGCUUGACUACUCCCGUUUGAGCUUGGACUCUUUCUGCGUCGACAGUGUAAGCGACGAGAGGAAAAGGGACACAAAACAGCUCUACCUGAACUACAACCGGUUAGCCUCGCUGCCCUCGUCGGUCAGCCUAUUCUGCAACAUCGAGUUUUUGGACAUCAGCAACAACAGACUGUCGGCCAUCUGUGAGGGGAUAACACGGCUGCCCAGGCUGAGGACACUGCUAGCCAAGAACAACCGACUCGACGAGUUUUCGCUGCCCAAAGAGUUCGGCUCUCUGCAGCUGGAGGUGUUGAACUUUAGUGGGAACAGAUUUGAAGAGAUUCCACUUCAGUGUAUGAAGCUGGUGCGCCUGCAGUCGCUUUCACUCGGCGGAAACAGACUGAAAAGUAUACCUGCAGAGAUAGAAAAUCUAACCAGUCUGGAGCUAUUAUAUCUGGGUGGAAACUUCAUCACAGCCAUUCCUCCAGAAGUGGCUAACCUGCCGUACCUCAGCUACCUGGUCCUGUGCGACAACCGCAUCCAAAGUGUCCCCCCGCAGCUCACCAGGCUCUACUCGUUGCGGUCUUUAAGUCUCCACAACAACUUGCUCACCUACCUGCCCAGGGAGAUCCUCUCCCUUGUGCACCUGCAAGAGCUCAGUCUCCGUGGUAACCCGCUGGUGGUGCGCUUUGUCAAGGAGAUGACCUACGACCCUCCGUCGCUGCUCGAGUUGGCAGCACGUACCACCAAGAGCCGAAAUGUUCCCUACUCGCCCUGUGACCUGCCCUCAAACCUGCUGCACUACCUAGACCUGGCCAGCAAGUGCCCCAACCCCAAGUGUGUCGGCGUCUACUUUGAUUCAUGUGUGCGCCAGAUCAAAUUUGUGGACUUCUGUGGAAAAUACCGGCUGCCCCUCAUGCACUACCUGUGCUCCCCAGAGUGCACUUCUCCUUGCAGCUCCAACCCCCAGAGCGACGCUGAGUCAGAGGACGAGAGCAGCGUGCCUGCCUACCGCCUGCAGAGGGUGCUGCUGGGAUAGGACGUUAUGGAGCAGCCUCUGAGCCUUGCCAGUCUUGUCACUGUGUUAACCAUUUAUACAGGGAUGAAAUUGGCUGUCAGACUAUUCUACACAUAAACUCAGACACAUUUAUUGUCAGCCUAUGUGGCCGUGUGUAGAACAACUUCCUCCUGCGGACCUGGAAACUUAUUGACUUCCUUUUAAAGAACUUUAUAGAAGGAAUCCGUUCUCUCACCACAUAUAACACGAUGUAAAGUUAGUGAAGAAGACCUAACUCUUCCCAAGGAGCCUUGACAACCCACAAUCUGUCAAAGUGCUGGUCUAAUGGUCGAGCAUAGGAUAUCAGUGAAAAUGAAUGUGAGUGAAGGAGCGACAGGGCUUUUUUUCCCUUUUCAGUGCAGCAAACGUUAUCUUCUAUGACACUUGGUGCUGUUUAUUAGCUUGUAGUACAUAAGUGAAUAUUUUCGGAAAGUUUGGAUAUGAACAAUUAUGUGUUUUUGUCUAGCUACUAGUGACACACAGCCCUCCUCCAUCAGGGUGAGCAUCAAAGCUGCUAUACCAAUUAGGAUGAAAAGUCCAUUAAUUUUUACUCUACAUAGUACAAAUUGUGAGAUGGUCUUAUUUACACUGUGUGUGGUUGUGCUGUCCCGCACAAAAUGAAAAGAUCAAGGUUUAUCUGUUUGUCAGAAACAUGGUCAUCACACACCAGCCUUGAUAAAUUGUUUUGCCCUUAAUGGCAUGGUACAUUUAUCCAGUAUAUGGGUUGUGUGAGGUUGCAGGUGAAAGCUUGUCCAAGCCUUACUCACAGGAAGUAGAUGUGGGGUGGACCUGUGAAAACCAUUCACUGUUUGCAAAGUAACAAAAGCUAUUGAGUGUGACACAGUUGCCUUCAUGUUUGUGUUCAGGUCAGUUUUCUCUUGACAUAAGAAUAUAAAUGUGUGUAAAUGCAUCCCAGAGUGCAGAAUUAUUCCGAAUUGAGUCGUUUUGAGAAGGAAACAGGAAAUGGCUGUUUCUGUUCCUGGUUACAUCUCUGCUUCAUCUUCACUGUUGUGAAUAAAGCUGGGAGACAUCAGACAGUUUGUGUUUUUAAGUGAGGAGUGAGGAGCCUUUGGCUUCACUUUAGACCUUGUUUAGUAAACGGAAGAAAGCUCCUCUAUGUUACAGUAAUACCUAUACUAGAGUAAACAAGUGCCUUACUAAUGGUGAGUUCUAACAGAGUGAGAAGAAAUGUGAUAUAUGCACCCUGAAAUGUGACAAAAUUAACAUUAUAAAUUAAUAAUAAAGUCAUUUUUUUAUGAUUUUGUGCUCAUCAUCUUAACAGCAAAGAGAACAAAUACCUUUUUAUAGCUAAAUUAAAUGUUUUUAUAGAAAUUAUUUUACAAAUGAUAAAUAAACUGCCUUUUGUUAAAAAGCCUGCAGAAUAGAUGACUCUUGAGCAGAAAAUAUAUAAAGAUAUAUUAAUUGGAUUUACUUGUACCCCAUUCAGAUAAUGUAAGUAGAUUGUACAAAAUAUAAUUACAAUAAUAAAGACUGAUUGUUAUAUCUUUAAAA